AUGGCAAAGGUAGCAGAGAAGCUUUUUGUUUUAAAACAACAUUCUGAGGCUCUCCUCCAACGUUUAUAUACGAUAAAGAAUGAACUUGGUGAUAAUGAUUUAAAACCUGAUAUUAUGAAGUCCACACUUCCUGUGGAUAUGAAGAAAAUGUUCGCUAAAUUAUUAAAAGAUGCUCCACAUAUUGCCAUUGAUGAAUUGGAAAAGGUUCAAGGCUUUGAUUGGGCAUUGAAUAACAUGACAACACUGUUUAAUCAAGUACAUCCAAUUUAUUUAACAUUUAAAGAAUUGUUACAAUGGACAGAACAUGCUCAACAAACAAUAUUAGAAAUGUCUACAAAUGCCAAUAUUGAUUUUUUACAAGAUGUCAACUUUUUAACAUGUUAUGAUUAUUUGCAAAUGUUGGUUGGAUAUGUGAAAUUGAUCUUGUUGCUGAAUAGAAUUAAGGACAAGGAACUUAUUGUUUGUUUGUUAAACUUGAGUUAUUUGAAAUUGAACGGUCAAGCAGAACCAAACAUUCAACGAGUUUGGCAAUUGUUUAAAGAUUUUGCUGAUCCAAUUCCUCGUUUCCAAGAAAAAUGGUUCACAAUUCAAGAUCAAAUUGGUAAAGCACUCAUUGCUCUCAUUCCAGCAUUUGAAAGAGGUACUUUUGGUGGUUUGAAUGUUAAAAGACCUUUGGAAAUGUUGUCUGAACCAGAUAGAAUUCCAUUCCCUGCUGUUGAUGAAACAUACUUGUAUUUGAAUUGUUAUCAAGAUAUCGUAGAAUGGGUUGCUAUUAUUUAUGCUUGUUGUCCUGAUGCACUUGCUCGUGCCCCAGAAAAACAAAUAAGAAUGACACCAGUUGUAGUCAGCAAGAAGAAGGACAAGGAUGCUCCUCUUCGUUGUUAUGAAAUUCUCUUACAAAGAGUUUUGGCCAAUAACUUGGUCAUUCCACUCUACGGUGAUGAAGUUUACAACAUUCACGAUCCUUUCAAAGAAUAUGUCAUGAUUAAAAAGUUUGGAGAUUUGAAAAAGGAAAAGAAAUCAUUGAAGGAACUUGCAGAAAUUGCUGCUGAAAAAUGUCAUGACUAUCACAAGGAAUUGAGAAAUUAUCUCAGAUUGCAAUUAAAGUCCUUGCUCAACAUGAUGAAGGAUCAACCUGGUUUGCUUGGACCAAAAUUCAACUUGGUUUUGGCUGCUAUUUCAAUGGCCAGAAAUGAAAUCAUGUGGUAUUUCCAUCACAAUGGAUACGUUCCAAAGUCUGCUCAAAAGAAGUUCAAGGAAGUUAAGGAAACUUUGAUUAGUGAAAUGAUCUACCUCAUGGAUGAAAUGAUGUACGUUUGUGUGCAACACAGAGAUGUUAUUAGAAAAUACUCUCUCAAGAUUAUUCGUGGAUUGUAUUAUAAUAAGGCCAGGCAAUUGAUCGAAGAACAUAAAGCCAAGCUUGAACUUGCCAAAGUUACUGGUAUUAUGGAAUCAAUCAUGUCAGAUAUUCAAAAUAGUGAAGAUUUUGAAGCCAUGCGUUUGAAUUGGAAGAGAGUUGAAUCAUUCCUGUCCGGUUAUCAAUUCAAACAAACAUUGCCUGAAAUGACACUCUUGUUUAAUACCAUGACCAAGAUUGUUGUAUUCUCAAAGCACGUCGAUGGUUUAUAUGAUGAAUUGGUCGAAAAGGGAUCCCUCAAGCAAUUGUACUUCUACAGAGCUGAUGUUGAUAAGAUUUUCUCUGAAGGUCUUAUUGGUUCAAAGAGUCAACCUUUGUAUUCGACUGCUUUUAUCAGAAUUCUUAACACAUAUGCUGAUAAUAUUCACCCUCAACUUAAUCCAUCCCUCAGAAACAGAAUUGGUCAACAAUCAGUUCAAUUUGCUGAACAAAUGCUCGGACAAUUAGUCGACAGAAUUAGAAAGGGUCUUGAUUUGUUGAACAGUUCUCAUGGUUACAGAAUGUUAACUCAUCAAAUCGGUGGUGAUGUUGCUGCCCAAACUAUCCUCCGUAGAUAUGGUAAGAACAAGCAAUAUAUCGAAGAACCAGCAGUUCCAGGUGUCGAAAGUCACUUUGAAAAUAAUUCUAUCAAUGAUAUGCGUGAUUUGGAAAGAAAUGUCACUCAAUUGUUGUACUCAUUAUCUAGAUACGACGAAAUCGUUGUGUAUGACAAUGUUUUCUACCCUGUUGAAUACUUAAGAACUGUUCUCGAAGAAUACAUUGCCGAGUAUAUCAAGAGAAUUGCCACUACUAUUGAUUUGACAGCUAAGGAAAUGAAGAAUGACGCUCUUACUCCAAAGUUCAUUUCUCCAUCAGAAUUGUUGAGUGAAUUACACUCUUUCAUGUCAUCCUUAAAGAUUAUUGAACAAUGUGUCAAUAUCAAUACUGAAGAAUUGGUUCUGAACUCAUUCUUGGAUAACUUUGUGCAUUUGAAUUAUGUUGAUUCACCAUUCGGUGUUGUUCAAACAACAGAACCAGCCAACUUGAUUUCAAUCUACUCACAAUGGUUCACUGAUUUGGUUUCAGAUCCACAAAAGUAUAAGACUCUCUUCCAUCCAAACAGACAAACCUUCAUCUCAACUGCCAAUACUCCAAUUCAAAGUUACAAUGUUGAAAAUUACUUGGAUUACAAUGAAUUGAAGGCAUUCAUCACCUUGACUGGUCCGUAUGGUUUCAGAGCUUUGAAUCAAUCCUUGUUGGAUGAAAUUUAUGUAAGAAGUGAAAAGAUCAGAGAAGUUUUGUCCCAAGCCAACAAUGCCCUCAAGGAUAUUGAAAGCAAACUCUAUGAUGAAAAGUUUGUUUUGGAUAAGAAGGUCAGACAAACUCUUGUUCCUCUCGAAACACUCAUGCCACUCCUCAUUCAACUUGGUGGUAUUUUGGAAUUCAGACAAUGUUUACAAUCUGCUCUUCAAUCUUCAGUUAGAAGAAAUGCCCCAGCUAUUUAUGAUGUCAUUGACAGUGCUUACGAACAAUAUUCCAGAAAUUAUUAUGGUGAUGGCAAGUUCCUUCCAAUUGACGCUUUGGCUACUGAUUGUGGUUUCUCUGAUGUUGAUCACCCUCUCAGAUUGAAGUUGUCUCCACUCGUUGAUAGAUCUCAAGUUUGGGAAGUCUUACCAUUGGCCUUUGCUGCUCUCACUAUUCUCAAUACCACUUGGAAAGAAAAGGACAGCGUCUAUGAUGUCAAUCUUGAAGGUUGGUAUAACAAUACCCACUUGUCAAUUACUGCAUUCCACAGAUUGAUUCAAGCUGUUCACAGUGUCAAGUCCAAUAAGAUUGCUGAACUUGAAAAGGAUUACAAGAGAUUCGCCGAGUUUGCUGCCAUGAUUCUUCUCCACAUGAAUGGUACUAAGGGUUAUGAAAAGCAAUACGAUACUUGUUGCAUUUUCCUUGAUAGAACUGUCAAGACAUCCAAACAUUUGGAUAUCAGUUUCUUUGAAGAAAUUUUACCUUACCCACUCAUCCGUACUACCUAUGUCAAGACAUUCGAACCUCACCAAUUCGAAGAAUAUGUCGAACCACAACAACCAACCACACAACCUGGCGCUGCCACUGCUCAAACUGAGGAAACCCACUAAAUUUUGUGACUAUUGUACAAUAAAUUAUCAUUAUCAUAU